AUGCAAAAUGCGUGGCACAAACUCAACAGGGCGAUGCAAAACAUCCAAAAUGUCAUUCUCACAGAGGAUGAUUCAUUAUUUAUGUCUGAAAAAGGCACAAACGUGAAUGGAAACAAUUCUAGUAAGGAUGAAGAUUAUCAGACACAGGGGGAAUUACAACAUGGUGGUUCUAAUGGGAAGAACGUUUUGUCCCAAGUUGUGGGCAGUUGGAGCAAUUACCCAGUUAAGGAUAUCGCUAGCGCUACCAACCCAGGUGGUAGCCAUGAGGUUUCCCCGAACUUAGUGGACAAGAAAAAUGUCUUGUACGAAGAAAUCGUGAAUACUAUAAUGUUGUUUAACAAUCUGAUGAGGAACGAAAAGGUGCAGCUGCUAAUUAAUGAAUACAAAAUUGAUUACUAUACAUCUGACAAACAGAAAAACGAUUUUCUUUUAUUAAAUUAUGUGUACAUAAGUAAAUACAUGAUUCUCAUUUUAACAAAAUUUUUAAACAUAAACCUUGUGGAGAAAAUGGAAAUCGCUCAAAUGAGCAAGGAAGAGUAUGAGCAUAGCGUAGCGGAUCUCUUUCUUAACAUCCUAAAACAGGGGAACUUUGUCCAAUACAGUGGGAGUAGCGACCCUCUUUCUGUACACCAUAAUUACAACCUAAAUUGGCAAGAAAGUGUCAAUAGUAGUUUUCUUCAGCAGAAGGAAGAAGAAAAGGAAGGUUCUGCACAUCUUAGUUGUAAAGGCGCGGAAGAAGUGGUAGACGCCCUACACACUGUAACAAAUGGGGUAGACGCUUCUGCCCCGGGGGGAGAAGAAACUCCUCACUCUUCCCAUCAUAAGGCAGAGGGGAAUUUGGAAAACGUAAAUGAGAACAGCACUCAUCAUUACCAAAUGCACAGUCAGGAAAAUUUGGUUUACAAUCCAAAUUAUGACCAUAGUAGUCCACAUUUGAACACACAGAUGGAGGGUAGCACAAAUGAUUACCUGUGCAAUACCCGGGGUGACAAUUUUAACCCUCGUAUAGAUAAAGAGAACGGGAAAAGUGGAAGCGCAGAAAGGUUGAUCGGAAUAGGAUACGGAAAGGGAGCAGUCAUGCACCGCCCAAGUGAUGUGGACAAGAGUAUUCCCAACUCCCAAGAUAAGUGCAAAAAUAGUGUUUAUCAAAGUGGAGAAACGUCUACAUGUUUUACAAAGAAUCAUUUAGCGUAUAGCAAAUCUGUAGAUAUAAUCGAAGGGGAUUUAUUUACUACAGAGUUACACAGAAGGAGAGAAUUCUUUCCCAAAAAAAGUCCCGUCGUCGAAUGCAGAGAGGAAGAUUUCUCCAUAAGCGAAGCAAAGGUCGAUUUAAAAAAUAUCAUCAAAUCGAUAAAGGAGGAAAAUAAUGUCAAAAUAGAGCUUCUAAAUGAUAAGAUAAAAUAUCUGGAGACAGAAAUUAUUAAAAAUAAGGAACGCCUCUUCACGUUCCAAGAGUUGGAAGAGGAUGUGGAAAAAUACAAAAGAGAAAUAAAUAACAAAAAUAAAAUUAUUGAAGAGAUGGUUCGCGAAAAGGUCAUUCUUCAAAAUGAUAUUAGCAUAAUGCAAUCGAAACUGGAACACAGUAGCAAGUUUAAUGAGGAUAGGAAGAAUCUUACUAAAUACUGCCAUGAAAAUCACGUAGACAAACAAAUUAUUAUAGAAAUGAUAAAAAAUAGUCGUGACUCUCUAAAAGCCAAUAGUAUUAAAAAUCAAGUGUUCCUCAUUUUGUGCGAUAUUCUGGGCAUUAAAAAUAUAAUACAAGACGUGACCAUGCAGGAGAAAACUAUAUCAGACCAAUUCUUGGAGUUCCUCGACGAGGAGACCAAGGACCCCUGA